UCUCUCUCUCUCUCUCUCUCUCUCUCUCUCUCUCUCUCGUGUUUCAGAGCAUCAGAGAGAUAUUUGUGUUGUGUUGGAGUUGUUUAGAGAAAUGGGUGCUUGUGCUUCUUCUCAUAGGGAACCCGGGUCAGCCAUGAAACUUGGAGUGACAUUCGGGUCCAAACCCGACAAGCUCUCCUCUAUCCCUCCGUCGCCUAUCAAGGAGAAGCCGACGACAAACGUUGGCCGUCCGAUCACCGAUCAAUGGUCCCCUGCUCGCUCCACAGCCACGGCUUUUCGAGACUACGGUAGUAAAGAGGAUGCCUUCUUUGAUUCCAAGCCUUGGUUGGACUCAGAUUGUGAAGAUGACUUCUUCAGUGUCAAUGGCGACUUCACUCCAUCCCGUGGCAACACUCCGGUCCAUCACAACUUCUCUCAUGUCAACAAAACUCCAUUUGGGAACAGAAGUCCUGUUUCCAUUCCUGCUCCAUCUCCAGUAGAAAAGAAAAAGAAACUUGCUGAUCUCUUUCGCGAGAGCUUCAGAGAUGGGGAUGAUGUUGAUGAUGCAAAGGAUACCUCAGGUGAUCAGACCAUGACUAAUGGAAAGAUGGAAGUGAAGCCGACUGCCGAAGACCUCCCUCUAAAAUCUCUGAAUGGUACCCCUUAUGUUUCUGGUAGUGAAAGGACAGCCAAUGAGGUUCUAAGUGAAGACAGACCAUUCAAGUCUACACAAUGCUGCCUUCCUACCUUUGUUUCUUUCCGCAGCUCUAGUCAGAGGAGGAAGAUGAGCCCUACCAUUGCUGUAGCUGACAAAGCUUGAUUCUGACACCGUUGCACAAUGUAAAUGAAGAAGCCCAAGUCCUUGCUAAGAGUUUAAACUUCUACUUCCAUAAUAUGUGAAGUCCAUGAAAUCCCUGAUGUUGAAAUUAAGAAUUUUGGGAUGGAGGGCAUGUAAAGAGUAUUUCCUAUGAGAAUUUAUCGCCUAUAUGUAGUAGAUAUAAAUAGAGAAGAGACAUCUUGGAUCACAAAUAUUCAAGUUGCAAUCACCUCUGCUUUUUUGCAAUACUAGGAGGACUAACCUAUCUAUUGCUGCUGUGAAUGAGUUAUCUACCUUCAGAUGUAUGUAGU